ACGCGCUGGUCUGACCACGCCCCCUGUGACGCUCUGCUCUGGCCACGCCCCCUGGGCUUCCCUAGAGAACAACAUGGCCGCCGAGGAGCUACCCUCUGAAUUCGACGUCGUCAUUCUGGGCACAGGUCUCGCUGAGUCCGUGGUAGCAGCAGCCUUCUCCAGAGUCGGCCAGAGAGUUCUUCACCUCGACAGUGAAGCGGAGGGAGGAGGAAGCCCAAACACCACAAAAAGACAAGGAGGAGACGAAAGAGCCUCCCAGACAGAGGGGGAGGAGCCAACCACCGCUGCUGGUCAAAGCCAAUCAGAGCCAACCAGGAAGAAGAUCAGCUUCGCUCAGCUGGUGAAGGAAGGACGCCGGUUCAACAUAGACCUGGUCUCCAAGCUCAUGUAUUCUCGCGGCUCAUUGGUCGAUCUGCUCAUCAAAUCAAACGUCAGUCGCUACGCCGAGUUCAAGAACGUGACCCGCAUCCUGACGUACCGCGAUGGGAAGGUGGAGCAGGUGCCCUGCAGCAGAGCGGACGUGUUCGCCAGCCGCCAGCUGUCCGUCGUGGAGAAGAGGAAGUUGAUGCGUUUCCUGACUUCCUGUGUGGAGGAGACAGAGGAGCAGCGAGCCUACAACGGUCGGCCAUAUUUGGAGUUCCUGUGUGACCAGCAGCUCGGGGACAAUCUGCAGCACUUCCUGCUCCACUCCAUCGCCAUGGUAACAGAAGACACGCCCACGGAGGAGGGCCUGGCCUCCACGCGUCACUUCCUGCGCUGCCUGGGUCGCUAUGGCAACACGCCCUUCCUGUUUCCUGUGUACGGCCUCGGAGAGAUCCCCCAGUGUUUCUGUAGGAUGUGUGCUGUGUUUGGAGGGAUCUACUGUCUGAGACACUCAGUCAGCUGUCUGCUGCUGGACAAGGACACCAACAGGUGUAAGGCGGUGAUUGACAGCCGAGGACAACGAAUCAGCUGCAGCCAUUUCGUGGUGGAGGACGGUUUCAUUGGGGCAGACCGGAAGAGGGAGGCCACACCCACCAGGUAUCUCUCCAGAGCUGUGUUGAUAACUGACCGCUCCAUUCUGCCCAGUGACUCAGACCAACAGGUCUCCAUGGUAACGGUUCCUCCAAUAGCAGCAGGAUGUCCGGCUGUGAAGAUGGUGGAGCUCUGUCCGUCCACGAUGACCUGCAUGCCGGGAACAUAUCUGGUUCACCUCACCUGUCAGUCAGCUGGCUCCGCCUACCAGGACCUGUCGCCGGUGGUUACCAGGAUGUUCCGCACGCCAGAGUCACAUGACCAAGAGAGCAGCCCGACAGUCCUCUGGUGUCUGUACUUCAACAUGGCCGACGGCUCUGGGCUGGAGGGGGAAGGUCACGACCUCCCCAGUAACGUGUACCUGUGUUCUGGACCGGACGCUGGACUGGGACAUGAACACGCUGUCAGACAGGCGCAGGCCAUCUUCCAGAAGAUUCUCCCUGAGGAGGAGUUCUGUCCUCCUGCCCCCAACCCUGAAGACAUCGUCUACGACGGAGACAACAACUCGUCCUCUACGCCAGGAGAUGGAGAGACACUGGAGGGGGAGGAGGAGAAGGAGAAAGUGGAGGGAGAGAAGGAGGAGAAAGUGGAGGGAGAGGUAGAGGAGGAGGAGACGCCGAAGGAGGAGCAGAGUCUGCAGACUGAGGAGUAACACAAGAGCAAAAAUCUACAAACGUUCCACAGAAGCCAAAACCUGCUGCAGUGCAUUGUGGGUUAAAGUUGCCUUUGUUUGUUGUUUUUAUUAUUUUUCUAUGAUUUAUUAUUUUUCUGCUUUCUGUCUUAUUUAAAUAUUGUUAACAGUUUGUUCUGUGGAAAAAUUAAAGUGUCAACAUGCUGCAA